AUGUACCCUUCCGCCCUGACGGCCAGCAAGGUCCUGAAGUCCUUGGCCAAGGUCGCGGAUUCUGAGGAAGAGUUGGAUCUCAGUCUGGAUCUCAGCAACCAUGCCGAUGAAUUUGAGCAACUUGCCCGCGGGGUCAUCAACGAGUGCUACGGAUUGGACAAGAAGAAGUCACAUGACCUGCUGAUCCGUCGCCAGGAGAACUGGGGCGACACGACCUGCAUGGCGAUCGCCUCGUCCAGCCGACACCUCGACUUCAUGAGCCAUGCCGCCUGUCAAUCAAAACUCAACCUGGUGUGGAAGGGCAAGAUGGCGCUCUACACGUCAUGGUGGAAGGUAACACACCUGGACUUCAUGAGCCACGCUGCCUGUCAAUCAAAACUCAACCUCGUCUGGAAGGGCAAGAUGGCGCUGUACACCUCCUGGUGGAAGGUAACACACCUCGACUUCAUGAGCCACGCCGCCUGUCAAUCAAAACUCAACCUCAUCUGGAAGGGCAAGAUGGCGCUGUACACCUCCUGGUGGAAGUUGAUCCUCUCAACAUUCCUGCCCUUCAUGAUUUUCACCAUCAAGUUUGUGGAUCAGGAGGAGGACCAGGUUCAGGCGGAAGCUUCGUCUCCGAGCCCGGCCGUCUCGCCCCGCAAAACUCCCCGCUUCAAACCCCAGAGAUAUGUACACAGAGCGAAGCGACUCCUUAGUGUCUCCUGGCAGUUGGGGUCAAAGGGCAUCGGGCCGCUCCAGGCCAUCUACAACUUCCAUGUGGCUCCGGUUACCAAGUUCAUGUACACUGCAGCAUUCUACGUGGCGUUCCUGGUGAUCUUCAGCCUCUUCAUCCUGACGGACCUGUAUCCGCUGGAAGAGAAACCCAUUGGCAUCCUGGAGUGGCUCACCAUCGCUUGGCUGGCCAGUCUGCUGGUGGAGGAGGGCAGGCAGAUCUUUGCGGAACAUCCUCAAUCGCUGUGGCACAAACUCGAGAUCUGGUUCAGUGACUUCUGGAACAUGAUGGACUGUGGUCUCCUCCUGAUGUUCCUCCUAUCGCUGGUGCUGCACGUGACGGUGGCGGCCGGGCCGGGGUUCGAGGUCGUGAGGGUCAUGUACUGUAUCACCCUGGGGUUCUCCUUCGUGAGGCUGCCUCAGCUGUUCAUGGUGCACAAGGACAUCGGGCCCAAGGUCAUCAUGAUUCAGAAAAUGUUGGUGGACCUGGUGUUUUUCCUGGUGAUCCUGCUGGUGUUUAUCUUUGCGUACGGCGUGAUGCGGCACACCCUGAUCCACCCCAACAGCCAGACGGAGUGGUCUCUCCUGCUGAACGUGUCGCUCAUCCCCUACUGGCAGGUGUAUGGGGAGCUGUUUGUGGACGAAGUGGAGGGAACAACGCCCUCAGGCAACUGGCUGGUGUAUGUGCUGCAGGGUCUGUAUAUGCUGCUGACGAAUGUGCUGCUACUGAACCUGCUGAUCGCCAUGUUCAGCUUCACGUUUCAGAAGAUCCAGGAUAACUCGGAGCAGGUGUGGCGCUUCCACCGCUACGACCUCAUCUACGAGUUCUUCGACCGGCCGUGGGGCGCGCCGCCCGUCAUCAUCCUGGGGCACGUCUAUAGGCUCAUCCGUUGGGUGGCCAGGAGGUGCGCGGGGAAACCGCUGGAUACUUCUGACGACUUCAACCGUGCGUUCCCGCCUGACGAGGUAAGCAGACAGCAGGCGCUGGAGAAGGCAGGAGCAGAGAACUACCUGCUGAGGAACCUGCAACUGCAGAACGAGCACAUCGACACCAAGUUCCAAACCACCAGCGAGAGGAUACAGCAAGUCUUAGACACGUUGGAGGAACUGAUUGAAGUAAGGAGUCAAGAAAAUCGGGAGACCACCUUGGACCUCACUGUGCUUGACUCCUCUUUGACCACAUCAGGACUUGAGAAGGUUCUGGAUGACCUUGAGGACAUCAAGGAGAGUGUUCAGGCUAAGGAGGAGCUGGAGGCGUCUUACGUCUUUCCUCCUGCGGACGUGAUGGACUCAGGUCAACGUGCAAGGUCAGGGUCAAGACCGAGCUCUGCAACGGCCAGCACCAGCGGGGUUGCGGUUGACCUUCAGCACCGCAUGUCUAACCUUGAGGACCAGCUGGGCUCCAUUAAGGACCUUCUGGAGCACCUCCAGCCCAAACAGGCACCCGGGGGCGCCGCAGAGGACAGACCUGCGGUUGCUAGGAGACCAAAGUCCCUGGUGCCCCCAGAAUACAGUAGUGACUUCCCAGACCCCGAUGACAUCAUGUGACCCGACCUACGUCACAAGAAUGUACAACAUAAGAUGGAGACAGAAAUGAUAGACUCUGUGGUUACCUGAUGUAAAAUUUGAACAGAGAUUAUGAUAGUUUUGCCAGUUGUUGCCCAAUAUGUCAAAUGUAAGUCAAAGUGCUAUUACGUAAUAUGCAGAUCUUAUUAAGAUUAGAUGUUAGGGAUUUUAAUGAAUUAGAUGCUUAAGAUCUUUUAUAUCUUUUAAAAACAUUAGUACAUAUACGUAUAUGGCAAUGCAACAAAAUAAAGUCUGUUUUCGCACUGCUGCCUUAUGGCAUGACCAAUCACCAAGAACAGGCGGCACAAAGUUGGAAGAGACAUCUUUGUUGUGUCAACUAUUUUAUCCAGUGUCACAGAUGGGCAUUCAUGCUAAUAUAAAGUCUUUCAUGUAUAUAAUAUUCUAUAUGCAAUAUGUGCAAAAGGAUUUGUAACGAAUUGUAGUGAAUUAUGUAUCGGAAGAUGAUGAUACAUUGUAGCAGUUUAGAUGUUUUUAUAUCACGAUGAGCACCCACAGGUGUACAUUUAUGCGGAGAUAUCUUAAAGGUAUUUUAUUCAUAUGAUUGUAUAAGAAUUAUGUACACACAUUUUUUGUAACAAAUUGAAUGGUAACAAAAUUAGAAAUCUGAAAUGUAUCAAAAUCGGUAUGGCUCACGCUGGUCCGUUGCUUGGCU